AAGAAGAUGUAACCUUAAAUGAAAUUUCACAAACAAAACAGUAACAGAUAGUAAUGUUAAUAAUUUAUUGAUUAUGUUCAUAACCACAAAUUGUGGGCCACUAACUGCUAACAGAAAAUGCAAAAUCUGAAUCGCUUUAUAACCUUGUCGCAGCGAAUGAAAAAAUUUAAAAUACCAAUAUUAAACCGAUCAAAAAGUGACGUUCCUAAAACUGUUGCAGGAAAAAUUGAAAAUGGUGUGUUCGGAAAGUAUUUACUUUACACAAACAUUGCCUCCGGAGGCAUUUUGAUGUUCUUAGGUGAUUUAUUGGAACAAGAGAUUGAAUACAGGAGGAAUUUAAUAUGGGAACGUUACGACAAUACUCGAUUAUUUAACAUGACUUUGGUGGGUUUGUCACAAGGACCAUUACACCAUUAUUUUUACAUUUAUCUCCACAAGUUUUUUCCACGACGAACUUUGGAUAAUGUAAUCAAAAAGAUACUUAUGGACCAAUUUGUCAUGUCUCCACUAUGUAUUGUUACAUUUUUCUACACAAUAUGUUAUUUGAACAAACAAUCUUUAUUAGAUUCUACUCAAGAAUUAAAGAACAAGUUUUUACAAGUUUAUAUGGUUGAUUGGUGUGUUUGGCCUCCAACUCAGUUCAUCAACUUUUUUCUCAUUCCAAUUAGAUAUCAAGUAUUAUAUAUAAAUGGUGUCACCACAUUAUAUAAUGUGUUUUUGUCUUACAUCAAAUACCAACAUGAAAGCCAUGUUGCGAUUGCGGAAACUGUUGCAAACCCAGGGGAAAAAGAUAUUAAAAAACCGGUAUUAACAUCGAAGGAACUUUAAUUUUAAUUGCUGUUGUUGUUGUUGUUGUUGUUGUUUUGACUUUAUUGUUAUUUAAUACACGCACAUUUCGAAAAUCGAAAAUUGCUUUGCGUUUUGUUUAUAAGAGAAAGUUAAAAUGGAAAAUUUAAUGGUUGUACUAAGAGGUGGUGUUUGAAAUAAA